AUGUGCUCCAGUCCAGGAAGUGUCUCUGUCCUUCUAUAUCCGGUGACCGGUGACACGGUCCCUUCUUUAAACUGUUCCGGUGACAGCAUCGGUGGUAUAGCGACCUUAAACAUCACUUCUCAAAGCAUAUCCCUCUCUAUCCACAGACAUGUAAGCAUUCCCUUUCUUUCUCUAUCCAUCUACCACUUCUUCCUCUCUUUCACGUCGAGAAGUUUUAGUCUCCUCCUCCUCUUCUUUCCGUUUCCCUUUCCUCUCUCUCUCUCUCUCUCUCUCUCUCUCUCUAUUCACUCUUUUUCUACGCACGUACGUACUUCUUCAGUCUGCGUCACAGUACGAGAAGACAGAGACUCAGACAGUCUCUUUCUUCUUUUUCUCACGGAUUCUUUUUUAAAGAAAGAAAGAAAGAAAAAACAACUGACCCACGCUUUACAAAUAGACCAAAUGGGGAACUGUUUAAAAACACCAAAUGCUGAUGAUAUAUCCCUGCUCAGGGGUAGUGAUAGUAAUGAUGGUUCAGAUCCGGCCCUAGGGCCACCACCACCGUACCAGGAAGGUGUUCCUGUAUAUCACCCUUCUCCAAAUGUUAGUCGACCAGCCAACCUUUUAACAGAAGAAGAACAGAUUAAAAUUGCACAACGGUUAGGACUGAUCAACCAUUUGCCAACAGGAGUCUAUGAUGGCAGCAAGAAGGCCAGAGAGUGUGUGAUAUGUAUGGGAGAAUUUAUAAUUGGUGAUGCUCUUCGUUACCUGCCCUGUAUGCAUACUUACCACAGAGACUGUAUUGAUGACUGGCUGAUGCGAUCUUUUACAUGUCCAUCAUGUAUGGAACCUGUUGAUGCUGCUUUAUUGACAACAUAUGAAACCAACCAAUGA